AUGAUGCCAGCGACAUCACCAUCACAACUGCAGUGCUCGGGCAGUUCUGUGCACGAAAUUCUGCGGCAGUACCCUCGCGAAAGACUCUGGGUCCACCCGUACUUCUGGACAUCGCGCCACCUCACUCUGCUUGACUGCGCCAUCAUUGAUGCUACUGCUAUGGACGCCCUUCCCAUGACCAGCACAAAACCCCAGCGCAAGAGACACAGCGUCCGGAAGCUUCUGCCUUCCCCAACGGCAGAACCAAACGGGUUCUCCCCUCCUCCCACCCCCCCCCAAUUGCCCACAGUCACCAGCCAUGAUGCAACCCUCCCAGAUCACGCAAGAUGGGCCAGGCGCAUUGCUCAGAGCCCCGUUUUAGUGGCUAGAGAUGUGGCCAUGAGAAGUCUAUUGAAGCAGCAGCAGAGGAACAGGGAUCUCAUAAUCAAACAAGUCGCGAGCAAAGUGUCUUUCCGCCUCGAAAAACUCUCCCAACAUAUCCCCUGUUCCGUUUAUGCCGAUUCGCUUACCCCGGCCGGCCCUUCGAUCGUCUUCCUCGAGGCCAACGACCUCCGAGAACGCCGUGCCGCCAUUCUGAAGCGUCGCUUCUUGCCGCGAUAUAGCAAGCCGGGCCACUCUCUCCUCAAUAUACACCUCGCCCGACUCGGCGAUGUCUGUCCCUGGCAGGAUCCAUACAUCGCCGCUGUCCUGAUUGCAAUUGCCCAGGCCCAGCGCAAGGCCAUGCGGCGCCUCUCGCCAUCUCCAACGGGGGACACUUUCCAGGCAGUCCCUGUCGCUUUGCAGGUCCGUCUUCUUCUCAGCGACGUCCAGGACACGUCCGUCCUGCGAAUUUUCACGGCCGAUGUUUCCGACGCCUACCUCGACAAGCUCGCGCAUCCCCACAUACGUCCCCCACCGAACUCGUCCAUACAGAUCCGUGUCACUAAAAUUCCGUACGAGCCGUACCUGUCUUUCCAGCAGCGCCUCUUGGAGACACUGUUUCCACGCUGCUGCAAGCGUCAAAGAGAAGAAGAAGACGAGAAGAAGGAAGAGGAAGAAGAAGAAGAAAGAGAGGCUCAAGAUGAGCAGGAUACCCAACGAUGGAAUGCCCGCCGCCAAAGAGUACAAUAA